CAGACAGCCAACAUUUGACAACGUGACACAAUUACAUGCUCAGCUGUUCUUCGAGAAAAACGAACGCUCUCUCACCCACCACCAGUAGACUAGAGAGGAGGGCAAUUUCUUGUUCUUCCUAUUAUUUACUUUGAUUUUUGUUGAUCCAUCUACGUAGUUUUGCUUCGUUUUCCCCCAUUCUCAUUUCACACGCAAAAUCCACAUCAGCAAGCCAGCUUUUUAGCUUGAUUUUUCUCUUUUGGUCUUUACUGGCAACCCCUGUAACAAAAAAAAAAAAAGGUGGUGUCAAAUUCCAGACGCUUCUGCAUAUUAAGUAGAAGAAGUCAAAGCCCAAGUUGAUCUCACCGCGUUGAGGCACCGCCCGGCAAAUACAAAGUACAGUUUGUUUCUUCUUCCCUUUACUUUUGUUUUGCCUGUGUAGCGCGCUUUUGCAUCGACUGGUUUUGGUGGGUGGAUAAUCGAACUUGUUGGCUGAUUUUUCAAUGUUUUCGCUUUGCAUGUUUGAAUGCAAUCUUAUGUGGUUUGUUGGUGAGUGGUGAUUGGAUAAGAAAUUAUAAACCCAAUGGGGUAAAUCGUUGUUGGUAUUGUCUGUUGUUGUAGAAUAUGAAUUCUCUUUAGGGUCAAAGGCAGCUGGAAAUUGAAUUAGAGGGAUUGUUUGGAUUUUGGCGGAAAAUCCCCUAAGAAAAAUCAAAGCUUUUUCGAUGUUUGUGAGGUGAUUUCUGAUUUGAGCUGUUCAUUUGGCGGUGGUGUGAAACUAAAAUACAAAAUCAGAAGUGGGUUGUUCCAAAUUUUGUGUGAAAUCUUGGAACUUAGGAAGUUCCUUUUUUGUAGCUUAGAAGAGAUCAGCUUGGAAUUCGUCAUUGCCAGUGUAAUCUUUCAUUUUUCUUCUUGGAGAGGAUAAUAUUGGAAACUUUUAAAGUGUCUAUGAGCAUUUGUGCAUGUAACUGGCUGUGCUAAUUUUUAGUUUCUUGGAGCUGAGUUUAUUUGGAGGAAGAAGAAGAAGAAGAAGAUGAUGAUUGGGACUUCUGAUGCAGUGACCCAUAAUGCCUACUCAAAUGGGUUGAUUCAGCACUCAAAUGAUUCUGUUGAGGAGAAGCUUGAUGAGCUUCGACAUCUAAUGGGCAAAACAGAAGGUGAUCCACUUAGGAUGGUUGGUGUUGGUGCAGGUGCUUGGGGAAGUGUCUUUGCUGCUAUGUUGCAAGAUAGUUAUGGUCACUUUAGAGAGAAGGUCCAAAUAAGAAUAUGGAGACGACCAGGAAGAUCUGUUGACAGAGCCACAGCAGAACAUUUAUUUGAAGUGAUCAAUUCAAGGGAAGAUGUGCUCAGGAGACUGAUUAGGCGGUGUGCUUACUUGAAGUAUGUUGAAGCAAGAUUAGGUGAUCGGACGCUUUAUGCAGAUGAGUUACUGAAAGACGGGUUUUGCAUCAAUAUGAUUGACACCCCUCUUUGCCCUUUGAAGGUUGUCACAAAUUUGCAGGAGGCUGUGUGGGAUGCUGACAUUGUGGUGAAUGGACUGCCAUCAACAGAAACUCGUGUGGUAUUUGAAGAAAUUAGUAGGUACUGGAAAGAGAGAGUAACAAUGCCAGUCAUCAUCUCUCUUUCAAAAGGUGUCGAGGCUGAAUUGGAGCCUGAACCACGCAUAAUUACACCCACUCAAAUUAUCAAUCGAGCAACUGGUGUUCCAAAUGAGAACAUUCUCUACCUUGGAGGACCCAAUAUUGCCUCAGAGAUUUACAACAAUGAAUACGCUAAUGCUCGCAUAUGUGGAUCUGAAAAGUGGAGAAAGCCAUUGGCCAAGUUUUUAAGGCAGCCCCACUUCAUCGUGUGGGACAAUGGUGACCUUGUUACUCAUGAAGUUAUGGGCGGAUUGAAGAAUGUGUAUGCCAUUGGAGCUGGAAUGGUAGCUGCGUUAACCAAUGAGAGUGCCACCAGCAAAUCGGUAUACUUCGCACAUUGUACAUCAGAGAUGAUAUUUAUCACCCAUUUGUUGGCCGAAGAACCAGAGAGGCUGGCAGGGCCUUUGUUGGCUGACACAUAUGUAACCUUAUUGAAAGGUCGUAAUGCAUGGUAUGGACAAAAGCUAGCCAAAGGGGAGUUAACCCUUGAAAUGGGUGAUAGCAUCAAGGGCAAGGGUAUGAUUCAGGGGGUCUCUGCUGUAAAAGCAUUUUUUGAGCUGCUAAGUCAUCCCUCUUUAAGUAUCCUACAUCCUGAAGAGAACGAGCCCAUUGCUCCAGUUGAGCUUUGCCCUAUCUUGAAGAUGCUAUAUAGAAUACUUAUACUAAGGGAGUUUCCACCACAGGCUAUUCUUCAAGCGUUAAGGGAUGAGACCAUGAAUGACCCUCGGGAUCGUAUUGCGAUUGCACAAACCCAUGCUUUUUACAGGCCAUCCCUUCUUGGCCAGAAGUUUUGAUGUGGAUAUCUCUUUCUUUUGCAUGUAAUUUUAUUAGUUCUCAAGUAAGUGACAAGACGUGUUGGUAUUGUAGUUUUAUGUAGCAUUCUACCUGGGGGGAAUAAUGUAUUAGGAGAAAGCUUGGGCAUCAGAUGUUUCUUUAAUUGUGUAUUGUUUAGUAGAAAAUUGGGACAUUUUAGAAAAAGCAAAAGGAGAGAGAAAUUUUAAAAGAAGCAAAAA